UCGCGGGUGGUGGGGGAAGGAAGAGGGGGAGAGAGAGGGGAGCAACGCGUCGAUUGCAUGAAAAAAAGGAAAAAAGAAGAAGAAAUCAAAUAAAUAAAUAACGGAGGCUGCAGGAUGGCGAUCUCUACGCUGGCCUCGUUCAACGCGUUCCUGACGGAGAGGCUGACGGCGGCGGCCGUGGACAUCUACGGCUUCGUGGAGAAGACGGUGCUGGACCACCAGGAGGAGGUCUACCACACCCGGCUGGAGAUCCAGCGGCUGCAGCGGCUGCUGGACCUGGUCUACAAGCCGGAGAUACGGCUGCACAGGGCAGAUGCGGAGCAGCCGACCGCGCCGACGUCGGCGGAGCAGAAGAUCGCCCCCAAACGGCAGCGGUGGAGCCCGGGCGUGUGCCACCGGGACCAGAACCAGCCGGGACCUUCCCGGUCGGAAGAGGAGCGUGAGGAGCUGAAGGAGGAGCCGAAGGAGGAGCCGAAGGAGGAGCCGAAGGAGGAGCCGAAGGAGGAGCCGAAGGAGGAGCUGUGGCUCAACGGGAUGGAGCAGCAGCAGCAGCGAGCCCGAGCGGAGGACAGCGACGACGGGGACGACCUCACCAAAGAGCUCAUCAAGACGGUGCAGCAGCUGGAAGACUGUCGGGCGGCGGAGGAGAGCAGGGAGCCGAGCCCCCCGGAGGACCCGGAGCACCCUCAGGAGAAGACCAGCACCACCUUGUACCGGUGCCACAUAUGCAACUACAUCUUCACCAAGAAGACGGUGCUCACGCGGCACCUGAAGACGCACGAGAGCAAGUCGCGCGACGGCAAGGGGAACUUCGACUGUCACGUGUGCGGCAAGCGCAUUCCGUGUCAGAGCAACCUGCAGAACCACAUGAGGGUGCACACCGGGGAGAGACCCUACAGCUGUCACUUCUGCGGCAAGUGUUUCAAGCUGAAGGGACACAUGACGGAGCACAUCAGGACUCACACGGGGGAGAAACCCUUCAGCUGCCACGUGUGCGGCCAGUCCUUCAACCGAGGUUCCACGCUGAGGAAGCACGUGCUGGCCAAGCACAAAGAGGAGAGGCCGUACAAGUGCGGCGACUGCGACGAGUUGUUCACCGAGAGGCUGCUGAUGAAGAGGCACAUGAGGAAGGUCCACGGGGUGAAGCUGUCCACGAGUCAGAGCCCCCGCGUAGAGCUUCAGUAGAAAAGUAGAUCUCGGUAUCUUUCUAAGUGUGUUGAUGCUUUGCUUAUUCUGCAUUAUGCGAGACAUUCCUCUUUUUUUUUCACAAGAAGCCACUUUUCUCAAAUGUUAAAUGUUGCCUAUCAUAAAUAGACGUACUUUGUGCUUUUUUAAAAUCUAGAUUUAGCCAACGUGUUUUUUUUAAAGGGGAUAGUGCGGUGAAGUGCGGACUUUGGUGAGCCGCCAAUGCACAAUGUGCGAGGGAACCGCCAGGCUAAAGUUAUGGAUGGUUUUAAUAUUUAAGGGUACAGCCAAUCAACGAACAGAGUUUCUGGAGGACUAUAUACUGCCUGUCUGAAAUUGGGGACCACAAUCUAAACUCCUAGACGUGUGCUGGCGACAUUUUCGGUUCUCCAACUGUUCAUAACUUGUGUUGAUCGUUAAUAUGAAGCACCAGAAAUUCAUUCUGCAGCAUUGAAGACAUUAAAGGUCAAACGGAUGCCUGUGUUGCCUUUUUAAAAUUAGAUCUGCUUUUAACAUCUUUGUAAAAUCGUAUUAAUGUGCUCCAUCAUAACAUAUGUGAUAUAUUGUACUGUGAAUGUGUUUUAUUUAUAUAUAUUGUAUAUAGUUGUAUUUUUUUCAGUCGUCUUAUAAACCUGAUGUAAAACAGCAAUGUAAACAUAAAAGAUGUGAAUUUA